AUGAAAAUUGGUGUUGUUGGAGCUGGGCCAGCUGGAUUAGCUGCCAUUAGACAUUCAUUAGAAUUCGGUUGUGAAGUUGUUGCAUUUGAGCAAAAUGAAAGCAUUGGAGGCACUUGGAUCUACACCGACAAUAUUGAAACGAAUAAAUAUGGAUUGGAAGAACAUUCAAGUAUGUAUCAAGGAUUGAUGACCAACCUUCCCAAGGAAGCCAUGAGUUAUCCAGACUUUCCAUAUCCACCAUCUGAUAAGUCCUAUCUGACAUCGCCUGAGGUCUUAGAAUAUUUCAGCUAUUUCGCGAAUCAUUUCGACCUUGUUAAGCACAUCAAGUUUCAAUCUCAUGUCGUAAGAAUCAGUCCAUUGUUGAAUAACCAGUUUGAAUUCAUUGUGAGAGAUCUUCAAACUGAGAAAAACGUAAAACAUGUUUUUGAUGCGGUUCUAGUGUGCGCUGGAUUUUCUGUGCCAAUGGUUCCAACAUUUCCUGAUUCUGAUAAGUUUAAAGGAGAAAUAAUUCAUUCUCAUCUUUAUCGAAGCCCGAAAAAAUAUGAAAAUAAAAUUAUUUUAAUCAUCGGCGGUGGACCGAGUGGAGUUGACAUCGCUUUUGCUGUAUCGAAAACAGCGAAAAAAGUAUUUUGGUCACAUCAUAUGGAUGAAACCUGGGGAAGGAAAGUUAAGUUAGAAGUUCCAUCGAAUCUCUCAGAGAAAGUUGAUGUUGCAAAGUUUACAGAAAGUGGAGCAAUUUUUCAGGAUGGAACUGUUGAAGAAUUUGCAGUUGUAAUAUUUGCGACUGGUUAUGACUACAAAUUUCCAUUCAUUUCAAUUGAUUGCGGUUUAUCUUGUUACAAGAAAUAUAUUCAGCCUCUUUACAAGCAUUGCAUCAGCAUCAAUAGACCAAACCUUGCUAUAAUAGGAGUUCCAUACUUUGCACUUGCAAUGCCAUUAUUUGACUUACAAAUUCGCUUCUGCUUAACCUUCAUGACAGGGAAGAAGCAACUCCCAUCGAGGGAAGAGAUGCUUAAAGACACUGAAAAGGAUAUGAAGGAAAGGUGGACGAGACUCAAGCCACAUAAAGGUCAUGCUUUGGGAAUGGAUAAGCAUGAAGCAUAUUAUGCUGAGAUUGCAAGAACUGCAGGCAUUGAACCUUUGAAACCAGUGCUUGGAAAGAUGUUCAAUCGAAGUUUUACACAAUUCACAAGUGACUUUAACAACUUCCGGAAAGAAGUCUACGAAGUCGUUGAUGAUGAAAACUUUUCAGUCUCUUAA